GACAGAGCCUGCACUGAGUCAGUGUGAGAGACAGGGUCUUCAUGCAGUAAUGUACAGGUUGUUGUACUUCUAGAAAUAUGGGUGCCAACAGCAGUACCAUAUACGAGCUCUCGGAGAAUGAAUACUUGAAGAAGCUGUCUGGAACCGAAUCCAUCUCUGAGAAUGACCCUUUCUGGAAUCAGCUUCUCUCUUUCACAUUUAGCACCCCUAAAAACAGUGCUGAUUCAAAAGUCUUGGAAGAAGCUACUCUUUCAAUCUGCAAGUCAUUACUUGAGAACAAUCCAAGGACAGGAAAUCUCAGUGCUCUAAUUAGAGUGUUCCUGCUACGAACAAACGAACUUAAAAUAUCUGCAGAAUGUCAAAAUCAGCUCUUUAUCUGGCAGGCUCACAAUGCCCUGUUCAUAAUCUGCUGCUUGCUCAAAGUGUUCAUCUGCCACGUCUCUGAGCAGGAGUUGCUUCUUCACUUCACCUAUCAAAAGACAGAGCCUGGAUUAUACGAACCUGAUUCUGAAGAUCUAUUUGAAGAAUUACUGCUUUGCCUGAUCCAUCUUAUUACUGAAGUGCCCCUUCUUGAUAUAACCUACAGCAUCCUCCUCGAAGCUAUCACUGCCUUGAUCGUGUUCCUGUCAUAUCAGCUUUUUCACAAGGAGAUCAUUCAUGAAAGUAUCAUACACAAGUAUCUAAUGCAUGGUCGAUGUGUCCCUAACACAAGCAGACUAGUGAAGACCCUGCUGUAUAAUUUCAUCAGACAAGAGAAGAGUCCCCCACCUGGUUCUCAUGUAUUCCAGCAGCCAGCAGAUGGCGGAGGUCUUCUUUAUGGUCUGGCGUCUGGUGUGGCAAGUGGUCUAUGGACUGUGUUGACAUUAGGUGGAGUAGGUAGCAAACCAACACCCCAACAGGACCAAUACUCUCCCCUUGCCAACCAGAGUCUGCUGUUACUGUUGGUUCUAGCCAAUAUGACGGAUGCUCCAGACUGUCCUAAUCCAUACAGACAAGCAAUCACAUCUUUCAAGAAUACACAAGACAGUUCUGUUAUGCCGACCCCAACACCACACUCAUUUCAGAUUAACUUUAACAGUCUGUAUACAGCUCUAUGCGAGCAGCAAAUGUCUGAUCAGGCCACACUUCUCCUCUAUACCUUACUGCACCAGAACACCAACAUGAGGACGUAUGUCUUGGCUCGGACAGAUAUUGAAAACCUUGUUAUACCAAUCCUGGAGAUUCUUUACCAUGUGGAAGAGCGGAAUUCCCAUCACGUGUACAUGGCGCUCAUAAUUCUCCUGAUUCUAACAGAAGACGAUGGCUUCAAUCGAUCCAUUCACCAAGUGAUCCUGAAAAAUAUUACGUGGUAUUCAGAGCGAGUGCUGACCGAAAUUUCCUUGGGGAGCCUGCUGAUUUUAGUAGUGAUAAGAACAAUUCAAUACAACAUGACACGGACAAGGGACAAAUACCUUCACACAAAUUGCUUAGCUGCCCUGGCAAACAUGUCUGCCCAGUUCCGCUCGCUUCAUCAGUACGCCGCCCAAAGGAUUAUCAGUUAUGCCUGCCGCCACUUGCGGAGAUAUUUAUAUAUCCUGGACAAACUCUAUUUCCCUCAUUCUCACUGCUCAACGCUGCAGCAUUUCUUCUCGGCUCUCAGUGACAAUGGCGAGGAGUUCUUGUCUCUAACUUGCUCUCACAUACUCAGAUCCUAUGCUUCCAGUUUGUUUUCAUUGCUGUCAAAAAAACACAACAAGGUUCUGGAGCAAGCCACACAAUCUCUGAGAGGGUCCAUGAGCUCAGAUGACUCCCCACUUCCUGACUACGCCCAAGACCUGAACGUAAUUGAGGAAGUGAUCCGAAUGAUGUUGGAGAUUAUUAAUUCAUGUCUGUCAAAUUCUCUUCACCACAAUCCCAAUCUGGUAUACGCCCUCUUGUAUAAGAGGGAGCUCUUCGAGCAGUUUCGGGGACACCCUUGCUUCCAGGACAUCAUGCAAAACAUAGACAUGGUUAUUAGCUUCUUCAGCUCACGUUUGGAGCAGGCUGGAGCCGAUCUGUCAGUUGAACGAGUUCUGGAAGUCAUCAAACAAGGAGCUGUGGCAUUGCCUAAAGACAGGCUAAGAAAAUUCCCUGAACUGAAGUUUAAAUACGUGGAAGAAGAACAGCCGGAGGAAUUUUUCAUACCAUAUGUCUGGUCUUUAGUCUAUAAUUCUGCAGUAGGACUUCACUGGAGCCCUCAGGACAUCCAGCUUUUCACCAUGGACUCUGGCUGACAAGGAAUCCAAGCUCUGUUACUUUUACCGCAUCUGACUUAAUGGCUUCACUGCUUGGAAGUGGAGCGUAACAUCCUGCAUUUUGGCGUCCUCCACCACUGAACAAUUCUGAGCAGAGAACUAUGGGACAUCCCAGAAACUCUUGUGCUUAAUGCAACAAGUUAUAUUCUAAGGGUGUACACAAACCAUACUAUAUAUUUUUAUAUGACAUGGCUAUGUUUGCACCACAAUCAAUCUAAAGUCUUCAGUUUUAACAUUAUGUUCUCCUGCUCUAGGCGGUUUCCUUAUUUUAUGAUGCUAAAUAAGGCAAUAUGUUUUAGGUUUCAUGUAAAGGGGUCAUAUGGUAUAUCUCUUUAAAAGUGAUGAAAGUGAUUUAAACAUUAUAUGGGUAUCUUGUAUUUGGUUUUCACUUGAUUGAUUAAAGCUGUGACUUUGACUGACAGUACAGUAGACAUAUUUCUAAAUAGCGUUCUCUCCUUAAAGGCUAUGUUUGUGUCAUUAUAUGUGUGUAAAUAUAUAAAUAUAUAUAAACAUAUAUACUGAUCUCUUUUAAUGCAUUUGAAGAACAAAAGUAGCACUUUCAGCUUGCAACUUUCCUACAAAAUAGAAGUGUUCUUACUGCUCACCAAAGAUGUAUUAUCAUGUGUCAGCAGAAAAAAAAAAUGAUUUAGAAAGAUAUUGGCAUUUAAAAAUGAGGGUGUUUUUUUUUUUUUUUUAAAUUUGUAAUAAAAAAUUCACAGCUUUGAGAGGAGCAAUGUUUAGAAAGCACAGAAUGACCUAGAUCUUUGGGACACCACCUUGCUUCUAAAACAAAUCAAUGACCCAGCAGCCAAUUGGCCAUGCAAAGAUGUAUUCACUAAACACUGGAUACUGAUGCAUUGAAAAUAGAAUUAUGAAAUUCAGGCUAAAAAAAAAGCCAAGUUGUUAGAACAUAAUUGGAAAAUUUCUCCAAAUUGGUUAUUUUUACCUAAAUUUUAUUCUGUUUGAUUUUCCAUUCUCUGUUUACUGAAUGAGCCUCUUAGGCUACUGGUCACAGAGCUUACCUACAUCAAUAAGAGGCAUUUACUGGAAUUAAAGAACAAUGUAUCUUGUGUGUUCGUAUUUACAUAGUACUCUUUUAAUAAACACAUUUUCUUGAUGAAUUGUAAGCACAAAAGACUGGUUAAAUAAAUGUCGUCCAACAAAUUGCUCAAAUACCUUUCCAUUAAAUAUUUGCUUUGAAUGUGGAGGAACUUCCCGAAAUUUGGCACUUCUGGUGGACAGUGGAGUAAAUAAUAAACUAAUGUGUAGUGUAGUGGUGGGAUUCAAAAGCUGUAUCUUGUAAUACCCGGAGCAUAGCACAGGAUUCUGGGUUCUAUUAUUACUAAUUAAGAGGUCCUUGCCAACUGUGUCUACCCUGCUCCAUUACCCAGCUCCACUGGGCUACCAGAAAUACCAACUGCCCAGAUAAAUGUCUGUGUUGCCUACUACAAGGUAUCUGUCACCGGGGCUCAUAGCUUCUAACCUUUGAUACCUCGUGCUGAUUAUAUAAAUAUUCCUGUCAUUGGGACAUUUAAUUGUAUGUUUCUAGUUUGUCUUUAACUGGCAGUUGGAAGCCACAAGGCAGCUUGUAGACCAUUCACAAAAAUUAUUGAUGUAUGCCUUUCUACACUGAGAGUGUACCAUAACAAUAAAUGUGCUCUGUAUAAUGACGUGUCGGGGAAAGAGUAGCACAACAUUAAAAUCUAAAUCAUUUCUUCUUUUAAACACUAAUUGUUAACAUCAUCUCAAUGGUAAAAAGAAAAAAUCCCAAAUCAAAUAUUUGCCCUUUUACACUUCUGUCUUCGUUGGGUCUUUAUUGACUUU